AUGCUGCUCGCUCAAGUCCAGACUAUUGUCCGUCCAUCCCUACCAUUACUCAAGGCCUGGCUCAUUAUAACUGCCUGUGAAUAUGCUUGUCGGCAUUUAGCGACGGCCUACGUGUCCAUGCGCACAUGCACUGGCCUAGCACACAUCCUGGGUCUUUCCGGCCAGACGAUAUACACGUCAGCAGAUAAUUACAAGAAUAGUUUGGCUAUUAGAGGUAUGUUUACUGUUAUCAUUUUCUUGGCUGUUGCUCACAUGAAACAGAGCUAUUUUGUUGGAUACCGCGCAGCAGCACAUGAAAGCCAGUGA